CAUGUUCUAUUUUUUUUUGCAUUUCUCUUUAUGGGUUUCUUGAUUUUGUGGAUUACAAGGUGGAUGCUGCAAAAGUGCUUGGUAUGGACAAUUUUAUUUAUACUUAAUUUAUUUCACAAUCCUAAUUGAUGCUGUGAAGUCGGUCAUUUAACAUGGACUGUACUGACACAAUUAGAUAUUCCUUUUAUGAAAAUUCUUUUGAUUUGCUUUGUUUUAAGAGUUUAUGAACAUAUAUUUUAGGUUACGUGGUAGCGUCAGCCGUCAAAGCUACCCUCCUUUCCCCCACUGGCAACGAAAUCCUUGUGCUCGCUUAGAUUGUUUUCCUUUCUAGGUAAGGUAUUACACGAACAUCCCUGAUCUUGUUUCUAAAGGGGCUCCUUCUCCAUGACCACUUCACACGGUUUCUCUUUGUCGAUACGUUUCAGAUGAAAAAUUCAUCACGCUUAGGAAGGGAACACGAUGUCACGGGUCAGAAUAGUCGACACACCAGCAACCACUUAUCCUGGCAAUGUCCGAAAGUAAAUAAAUGAAGAGUCACCAGAACUUUCUUCACAGUUAAAGCAAAGUUACUGAUUCAUGUACCUACCGACAGAAAUUUUUUUUUUUUAAUUGCAGGUUUUAUUAUUUCCCGUCACAUGUGGCCACAGAAUAGCUAUUUUUACCGGAAGAACCUCAGUUCCUCUUCUAGCUAUCAUUUUGUCUGUCGACGAGGCAAUUCCAACAGAACAACAAUUUCAAUAGCUAAAAAAAAAAACGCUUCACCCUAUCUAUCAGAUGUUCAGAGUGCUCUGGGAAAAGGAUGGAAGCCAACGCCAACAAAGGUAUUCUUAAAUCCAUUAGAUGCCGACCUUGACGUGAUGUUUUGCUGUUCGAGAGAAAAAGCUUCCUUUUCUGGUCAGGAUGACUUCCUUAUUGAGCCAUUUUUCAGUGGGAGGGAAGGCUUCACAGGACAUUCCCAGUUUGUAUACUUUACUCAUAGCCUGGGGAAAGCAUUCGUCAGUUCAAACCUACACAGACUGCAGGCCAUUGCUCCUGUUCAAAACAUGCGUGUGGAUAAUCUACCAAGCAAGACAUGUUGUUGCGGUAUAGUCGACUCCACCCCCAAGGGGAAGUUCAGCUCCAAAGGACCCACUAUGAAGCUUCGCGUUGCUCCACUUUUCGAGGCUGACUUUACCAUCUGUAUCCGUUGCCCUGAGUGGCCACCAAUGAGUGAUUGGUCGUCUCGUCCAAGGUACUGGCCUAGUGCAACAAAUGAAAAGGAAAUCAUGUCACUUGGCUGCCGUCUGGUGGCCAAACCAGCACCAAGCGACAAAAACAAAACAAUCUGGCGAUUCUCGUUUUCCCUUGCAGAAAUGGAGCUUUCAAAACUUGUCUCAGACACAGCAAGGAAAUGUUUCUUGGCACUGAAAAUUAUCCUGAAAGACCAUCUUCACCCUGUGGUGCCUAAACUUAGUUCCUACCACAUAGAAACGAUUUUCUUGAAUACUCUUGAAAAAGUACCAGUUGUUUUCUGGAUGGAGGACAACAUAGAAGAAUGUUUCCUGACAUUAUUAGCGGAGCUUCGAGAUGCUUUGCUGUUCCGGAGUUGUCCCCAUCACUGGUUUAGCUCCGUCAAUUUGUUGGAAUCAACAGUUUCGUGUUUUUGCACCAACACCAUGAGCUUGUUGCUAUUAGCCAGGAAGGUGGAAAGAAUUAUGCAAGACCCUGCUUCAUUCAUUUUUGACGAUGGAUGCUGUUGUGUUUCACCGUGCUGCAUCCAAGUUCCGCAUCAAAAAUUUACUCGACGAACCAUCGAUCAACUUUCCACAGAUUAUAACGAGAUCCUGUUUUCUGUCGAUGGCCGCAGAGACCCACUGAUCACACUGUACAUUCAUCACCUGAACUCAUAUCUCCAAGGUCUGAGGCACAUCUCCACGAUAGCAGUUUGUUUGAACAAGAGAAAGAAUAAGUAAUUACUUUUGUUUAAUGAUUUUCGUA